AUGAGCCUGAGCAUGGAGAGUCAGCGACUGUCUUCAUAUCGGCGGCGGUUUGGCCCCCAAGCCACCGCUGUCCAACAGCCCCUGAGAUCCUCGCCCCUCUUCUGGCUCAUGUCCCCCAGCCCCAGCACCAGAGUCUCCAUGACCAAGAAGAAGAGUUCCAGCCUGAGCAUCCGUGCCAGCCCCAGGUUCUUCCAAGACAAGGCAGAUUUCUCCCUGGCCGAUGCCCUCAACACCGAGUUCAAGGAGACACGCACCAACGAGAAGGUGGAGAUGAUGGAGCUGAACGACCGCUUCGCCAGCUACAUCGAGAAGGUGCGCUUCCUGGAGCAGCAGAACAAGGUGCUGGUGGCGGAGCUCAACCAGAUCAGAGACAAGGAGCCCACCAAGCUGGCCGACAUCUAUCAGGACGAGCUGAGAGAGCUCCGCCGGCAGGUGGACCAGCUGUCUAAUGCCAAGACCAGGCUGGAGAUCGAGAGGGAAAAUCUGCUGGACGACGUCAACGGCCUCCGGCAAAAGUUACAGGACGAGAUUAAUCUACGGCUCGAAGCUGAAAACAAUUUGUCUUCCUACAGACAGGAUGUUGACAAUGCUGCAUUAGUGCGCCUGGACCUGGAGCGGAAAGUCGAGUCCCUGCAGGAGGAGAUCAACUUCCUGAGGAAAGUCCAUGAGGAGGAGCUGAGAGAGCUGCAGGAGCAGCUGGUGCAGCAGCAGGUCCACAUUGAGAUGGACAUGUCAAAACCGGACCUGACGGCGGCGCUGCGGGAGAUCCGCAUUCAGUACGAGUCCAUGGCCUCCAACAACAUGCACGAGACCGAGGAGUGGUACAAGUCCAAGUUUGCAGACCUGACGGACGCAGCAGCUCGGAACAUUGAAGCCCUGCGCCUGGCCAAGCAAGAAGCCAAUGAGUACCGGCGCCAGCUCCAGGCACUCACCUGCGACCUGGAGUCCCUGCGGGGAAUGAAUGAAUCCCUGGAGAGGCAGCUGAGGGAGAUGGAGGACCGCUAUGCCAUUGAGACAGCCAGUUACCAGGACACAGUCAUCCGGCUGGAGGAGGACAUCCAGAACCUCAAGGAGGAGAUGGCUCGGCACCUCCAGGAAUACCAGGACCUGCUCAACGUCAAGCUGGCCUUGGACAUUGAGAUUGCCACCUACCGCAAGCUCCUGGAGGGAGAGGAAAGCAGGAUCACCAUCCCCGUGCAGACCUUCUCCAACCUGCAGAUCCGAGAGACCAGCCUGGAUACCAAGUCAGUGUCUGAGGCUCACCUGAAGAGGAACAUCGUGGUCAAAACUGUGGAGAGCAAAGAAGCAGAGGUGAUCAAGGAAUCCACCCAGGAGCACAAGGACUAA